GUCUUUAUUGGUUCAAUUGGAAAAGUAAAAAAAUAAUUAAGUGUUAAUACUAAAGAAGUGAUUUAAAACUAAAAUGCCUCCGACCGAUGCUAAAGCUCCACCGCCCGUGACUGCUACGAAACCAAAUCCGCAUAACAAUCCCGCUAUGUUCAAGAUAUUCCAAAACGUCCAAUAUAAUAUUGUUCAGCAUAAGAAGUAUGUGAAAGAAAUGAAAAAGCUGUACAAAAACCUCGAUGAAGACUCAUUCCGGAAAAGCUUCAAAAAUGCUCUACUCUACUUAUUUACAUUUGGCGAUACAAGCGCCAAUGUUGACCGAGUGGUCCAGUUUGUUGCUACAUUCUGCACUGCAUUGGACGAUGAGGAAGAAUUCUUGCUCUUUAUAUUUGAUAUCAUCUUUGAUUGCCAAUGUGUGUCUGGGCAGUCAGUCAGAUAUAGAGCCAGUCAGUUGCUGGCUGCAGUACUUUCUGCACUUGGUGAGGAUGCCUCUCUUGAUGAUGACCUAUGUGACAAGCUUCUGUCUUCACAGAUGCAAAGACUGCAAGACACACGCGGUGCCGUCCGCUGCCGCGCGGCACUCGCUCUGCAACGGCUGCAGAAUCCACCCGAUGAUGACGUCACACGUGCCUAUCGCUUCCACAUGAGUUGUGAUCCUAGCUCUUCGGUGCGAAGAGCAGUGUUAAUGUCAAUAGCGAAAUGCAAGAACAACGUGCCUUUCGUGCUAGAGCGACUCUGCGAUGUAGACGAGGCUGUACGCCGCGCCGCGUUUCUUUACAUGGCCGCCAUGCCUGUCACACAAUUAAAAGUUACACAAAGAAUGCUUACACUUAAAGUGGGUCUAACUGAACGCAGUCCUCGCGUACGUCGCGUCGUCGAAGAAAUCUUAAUACCUGGCUGGCUAAGCACUUUCCACGGAAACAUCAUUGAUCUGCUCAAGGCCAUUAGGUUGGACAACUCGCACGACGCCAAGGACUCGCAGUAUGUUGCUGGGAAACUGUUGGAAUCCUUGUUCAAGCGUCUCCCUAUCUCUGAGCUACUAGAAUGGCUGCCAACUGACAAGAAUCUCCGCCUAAUCCCGGCCGAGAAACUGAACAAGGAAACAGCGUGGUAUUGGCGCCACCUAGCGGAACAUUUGCAAAAGAUUGAAGAUGAUGAAACACUCGAAACCGUUCUCCCUGACUUGGUUGUACUUACUGGUUACAUACGAGCUAUCGUAGAAUCGCCAUGUCCCAUACAAACCGAGGACCCAGUAGGCUUUAGUACGCGGCAAUACGUGCUACAUGAGUUGGGAUAUAUGCUACGUGUCUACGACGCCAGCGAUCCGACGGGACGUGACGCCUUGAAGGCUCUUCUUACUGAUAUACUGACAGGGGAAUACGGUCCAUUAAACUCCGAAGUUAUCCGCGCAUUCGUGUCUGCACUUGAAAUGGUUGUUCCCGACGUUACUCAACGUAUCGAGCUUGUCUACGGCGUUAUUAGCUCGCUGCGAGACCCACCUGAGCCGGAGACAUCCCCGCCGCCACCGCCACCAGCUGUUGAUGAUACAAAAGUCAAGUUAGAGAGAGCAAGACUCCGCGUGUCGCUAAACGUCGCCAUUGAAGCGCAGGAGGAAGCUGUCCGUGAGCAAAAUUACGCGCUCGCCGCUGAGUGCAAAGCCAAGGUGGAAGACAUUCAAAAGAAAUUAGAAGAGCUAACUAUACAGCCAGCACCACCACCACCACCACCCGCCCCUGUACCGACUAUCAAGGAGAAGAUUUCGGACGCAGACACAUUGAACAAAUGUUUGACAAUAUUGAACUGCGUGUUGGACACACCGCAACUCAAGAAUGUAACGCCUAUGCUUAAAAUGAUUUUCGAAGAACUAGAGGUAGAAAUAUUUCAAAAUCCAGAUAUUCUAGAGACGGCUCUCGAAACUGUCGCGCUUUUCGGAAUGUUGGACAAGGACAUGGCCAAAGAAAAUAAGGCGUUCUUUUUCGCUAAUCUAAUAGAUACAUCGAACGAACCUAUAGUAUCAACGGUACUAAAAUGUCUAGUAGAUCUACUAUGCGUACACGGAGCGCGAGUCUUCGAAGAUGACAGUAACAAUGAUACGAAUAAAAGCAAGAAUACUACAAGACGUUCGAUGGACAUUAAUCACGAUGGUACUGUCUCCGAAUCUGUGAUAUCAAUGUCGCCGGACCACAGCACGGUUAUCGAAAUUUUACUUAAAAUCAUGGAUGUCAGCUGUGCGGCGUAUAGACUUAUCAUAGUUGAGGGUCUCUGUCGACUGUUGUAUUUGGGACAUCUAGAAUCGCCCACUAUACUUUGCCGACUGCUGCUGCUUUGGUUUAACCCUGCUACAGUGGAAGAAGACAAUCUACGUCAAACUAUAGGCGUUUUCUUCCAAACUUUCCCUGCCUCCGUGGAUGGGGCACAGGAUCAAAUACAGAAAGCAACAUUGCCCAUACUACGUGCUCUUGCCAACGCUCCGUCGAGCUCUCCAUUAGCUGAAAUAGACCAAGAAGCUGUUGUUAGAUUCAUUGUAUCUCUAACCAGAGUCAAUCAUGAGUUGACAGAUAGCCAAGGCGGCAUGGCAAUGUUACUAACAAACAGCCUCGCGCGACGGCCUACUGCGGCCGAAGCGGGUCUCGUUUGUCGCAUGCUCGCGUUGCUCUCUCCGCCGAGAGAGGCAAGACUCGCUGCAGAGCUGGCCAACACACUGAGAGAUGUUUGCUUGAAACUUCCCGACAGGCAAUCGAGCCGAAAUCUUACACGUUAUUUAGGCGCCCUGGAAGCCAUGGAGCGAGCUAGCCUUAACAAGUUAUCUCAUACCGGCAUUGUCGAUGGCACCAUGCAGAAUGAAGAUACGAUGUCCAUUGGCCGCGCGACCACUUCACUUCGUGUAACCUCCGGUACGCUUCGUUACCGGCCGACGAGUCUUUUAUUCCAGUUUCUUGCAACUCAACCUAUAGCCCGCAGCACUCAUGUGGUAAUCAAUGAAACGGUAGAAGAAGAGAUGGAAAUUGACGAAACAUCACCCGUAGAGCGUAUUUCCAAAAUAAAUAAAGAAAUAGGGCAGACUAUACCUGAGGAAAGUCCGAAGUCGCCACUCAAUACUUCCGGUUCGGACAGCGCAGCAGCCGAUGCGGCCGACGUGCCUACCGAUUCCAGUAGCGGCAUUUCACCUGUCAAAAAGGCUAAGGUCUCCAAGAGCAAGAAAAAGAAACUAUCACCUACUCCGAAGUCCUCCGAAACGGAUAAACAGAACCAAGAGAAAAGACAAGAGAACAACGAAGGAGGAGGCAUCAAGAGGAGCCGGUCGCAACGCUCUGUAGUUGAUGUCGAUAGAGCACGUAAAGCCAAAGCGGAGGCGACAACCAAGAAACAGCAGUCCCCACCAAAACAAAAAAAAUCUCCUCUAGAAGAUCUAGACGUCUCCAAUGUAACGAUCCGGAGAUCUGGCAGAGGCGUACCAUCGCAGUCCAGUACUGAUUCUAAAGCUGGCAAUAAGAAAAAAGGCGCUGGUAAAAAAGGGAAACAGCAAGAAGCAAAGUCAAGACCUGCAACGCGAGCGUCGGUAUCAUCACGCAGUAGUGCAGGCAGUGUACACUCCAUGUGUGAUAAUUCGGCCGAUGAAACCGAGCUGCAUACUAUCGUUUAUGAAAAUGAAUUUGAACAAGAAAUUCUCAAUGACUCCAGCGAGCUGUGUGAUAGCAAAUGUAACUCGAAAACGAACGUUACUGUACCCGAAACUCCAGAAGACUCAGAAGAAUCUGAAUCAGAAUCAGCACACGAACCAACAAAAACGAAGAGCAAAAGGAGUGGGAAGAAAAAGUAACUAGAGUUAUCUACAAAUAAAAUAAUAUAACUUAUAGUUCAUUAACAAUUAAAUUUAUUCUUACUUGAAGCAUCUUUUAAUUCAGA